CAUAAAUUGAUCAAACAUGCCCAACAAAAGUCCCAGGUUGGCUGUCCACCCAAGCAUUCAGCCUCAGUGCUAGUGCAUCGAGCUGAGGCUGGCUCUCUGUUGGCGCCAACUCACGCCGAUAUUUUCAACUUGAGCCGAAUCGAGCUUUGAAGAGGCCUGCCCUUAUUACUCUGUACUUCAUCAAGCACUGGUAUUGAGAAGAGUGCGGCAUUUCGGCUUCCCCGCACUUGCUGAGGUUCCAAUGUGAUGCCAAGCAUCGCUCACGCAUGAGUAGGAGCAUGGAGGAAGGAAAGAUGCUGUUUGAGGGAAAUACGUCAAAUAAUCGAUAGCUGGAUAACUCCGUAGAUGAUCAUGCAAUAAAUUCAGAUGAGCUUUUGGCAGGCAGUGGCAGGCAGUGGCAGGCACAGAAUGUUAAAAGGGCGGGGACACUUGGCCCUGGCUCUCUGCCAGAGGUGCCUGAAGGGUCCACCAAAUUGACGUCACCGCCAAGAGAUAAGAUGGGGCAGGCAGGACGAUCGCUGGCCCACCUCGUCCCAAUACUGCAAUUCAACGCGUUCGAAAACUCCAUCUUCUCCUCUUCCAUGCAUCGGGAGAGAUGAAAUUUUCUUGUGAAACCGGCAUCUUGCAGACGGCCAAGACACGAUGGAGGGUCCACCCCAACCAUAGGGAACCACGACACCCCGAUCAACGGUCCCUGAGUUUCCCCCUGGGUGGCCACAGAUCGCUUCAUGAUAUUGACAGAUAUCGACAAGAUGAGAUGAAUGUAUCUGGAAGCCACCUGGAAGUGCUGAACACGGCUGAACCCAAGAAAGCGUUCAGCCAUGCGGCAAUACGCAACCGACGGAGCCAGCACUACUACCUCCCAUUCCAUGACAAGACCUGGUUGGCGUCGUCCCACAACUGCUGUGGGUCGCUUGUGUUGAUCUGUCGGACUGUUUGA